CACGAGUCUCGUUAAACACAAUAACCAACCAACCAACGUUCGUCUGCAAGUCCUCCUUUUGCCCUGGUUAGUUCUGAUAUUGGAACCGUCAGAUCUCGUCGGAUCCGCAACCCCGUUUGCUGACACCCAAAACAGUCGUCCGGGAUGCCGUCCUUUCCGUCCGUUCAGGAGCACUCGCCCUGGUUAGUUCUGAUAUUGGAACCGUCAGAUCUCGUCGGAUCCGCAACCCCGUUUGCUGACACCCAAAACAGUCGUCCGGGAUGCCGUCCUUUCCGUCCGUUCAGGAGCACUCGCCCACGCCCGUACCGCAGUCGUCCACGCUUCCCUCCGCCCCUCCUGGCUUCGUCCAGCCGGCGCCGUACGCCAUCGGACAGCCGCUGGCGAUGGCGGCUGACCCAACGUACACGCAGAUGGUCCAGGGAGGGGCGGGAGGGCCCGUUGUUCAGCAGCCGUAUGUGCAGCCGCAGCCGUUUGGCGGAGCUCACGUCAUCCACGUGGUCGAGGUGCAGGACAGAGCUGAAGAAUCUAUGCUCACCUGCGCAAAGGUGACAUAGAUCGAGAGAUGGGCAGAUGCUCGCACAGGCAGACAUUCUCCCUCUGUGUGUGUGGGCAGAUAUCGUGUGUGUUGUCGAUAUUCUCCCCCAUCAUCGGCUGCAUCGCCUUCUGUGUCAACCUGGAUGCCAAGAGGGGGACGGAGAGGUACAGGUGGGCCCGCUACUGCCUCAUGACCGCUUUCGCCGUCAUCGCUCUGGUCAUCAUCCUGCGGCUCAUCGUGCUGUCAGUGUGGUUGGGUGAGGUGUGAGCGAGAGCAUCUCGCUGGCCUGGCGCCUCCACGACGGCCGUGAGGGCUCGUUGUGUUGUGAUGCGAUGUUGGUGUUCUGCCUGCCCUGCUUUGCCGACUGACUGACGCCGCUGUGAGUGAUUUGGAGCACAUGAAGAUGUUUCCUGGCUCACACACUGCCGUGUGGGCAAGGCAAUGUCCUUUAUGCGGUUCAUGUUGGUCACGAAGGCUGUCUGUUGAAGUAGGGUUUUGUUAUUUUGUCAGCGUGCAUACAACGGGAAUGAUUGUGAGUAUCGCCGUCCUGUACAUCUGUGUCUGCUGUGCUGUGUCUAACCUUCCCUCCCUCUUAACUAGCCGAGUGUCGCCUGGCCUGUGCUGUGUGUGCAUCGAUGCAUCGAGAUGUGUGUGUGUAUGUGUGUGUGUGUGUGUGUUUCUGAAUAGGCCUUCCUUGAUUGACUUGACUGCCUUGUGGGUGGUAGGGCUGGGCUGCAGUGAGUGCAUCCCAUACACAGUACUGAUGCCGUCUGGUCUGGACGGACCCAAGUAGAUAGGGAGGGAAGGGAGAUCUGAUGGUUGUGAGGAGGCAGCUCUGAGUCGACCCUUCUGUUGAUUGACCGGGGAUGAAUGAAUGAAAGCCGUGUGCAAUGCAAUGGACCGAUGUGUCAGAUAGAUCG